AUGCAUCACGUGGAUCGUAUCAUGAAUUCCAAGACCCAACAAGAGCAUCCAAAUCAUGGUGAGCCUCUUCUUACGAGUACUAACGUUAAUGACGAUUAUCAUUCCGAAACAAGUAGUAUGAGUAGUAUGAAACAACCACAGGAAAUUUCGGAUCUUGUUCUUCUUGAUGAUAGUCGGUUUGCAUUAGCUGUUAAUAAUGCAGUGAAGCAAGGACAAGUGGAAUGGUUGGAUAAUAUUCUGAAUAGAAAACGGCUUCUUAUAGAAAAAUCAUCGGUCAAUAACAUGAGUAGUAGUAAUAACUCAUCAAACAAGAAUGCAAUGAAUUACAAGGAAACGAAUACAACUCUCUCCGGAGCUUUUGAAAUAUUACUCGACACAAUUUUGAUUGGGAAAAAAACCAGUUAUUUGAAUUUAGGAAAAUGUUCGAUUUUGCAAAUUGCCGUUCGAAGAGCAGAUUUACCAAUGAUCAAUUAUUUGGUCUAUAAGAAUCCAUACAUAUCGGAUUCUACAAUUCGAAAACUGCUCCUCAUGAAAGCCUCAAGAAAUGGAGACAAUAUUCUUCACGUCGCAUGUCAAACUGGAAAUCAUGAAGUGGUACAGACUGUACUUUCAAUUUUGAGAGAUGAUUUUCAUAUUUUGAAAGAUGUGACAAAACCUAAAUCAAGACCGGCAAGCCCUCAACAUGGUGAAAAAUCUCCACCUCUUCAUCAUUAUGAUGGACAAAACAUGGCCAAUGACAGCAACAAUUCCAAUAAUCCAGCUAGACGUUCCAUCUCAUCUGAAUAUUUAGCAUACUAUUACAGCAAGGUUGCAGACUGGACUGAUAAUAUCAAAAAAGCCGUUGUUUCACAGAGCCCAGACAAAUCCUCCUUUCUCUCGUUAUUUUCAUCCAAAGAUUCAUCACACAAAAAUUCAGAUUCUAUGAGUAUGAUAGGAAUUAAUGAUGUGAAUGACGAGAAGUAUAAUGCACUAUUUUGUGCAAUUUUAUCUAAAUCACCUCUAGAAACCAUUCAAACUCUUUUUGACAUGGGAUGUGACUUGUACAAUAUAACAGCAAUGCAUGAAAAUGUUGUCCAUGUAGCAGCAAAGAGUGGUGUUGAGGAAAUUUUGAAACAUAUUCUUUUACUUGUUGAUGAAAAGAAGCUAAAAACACUCCUCCUUGAGGGUGACAAAAUAGGAAGAACUCCAUUCCACAUUUGUGCUCAAUCGGGAAAUUUAGAAGUUUGUAAAAUAUUAAUUGAGGAAUAUCGAAGUUUAGAAAUUUUGGAUCAAGUUUUGAAGGCUAAAGAUUCUUAUGGUAGAGUGGCCUAUCAAGUCGCUAUUGAAGAGCUUGGAGAUUCUAUUCAAACUAAGAACAAUAAUAGUAUGGCCAAACUAAUUCAUCAACACAUGCCAACAGCUCUCUUAUUGGAAGUUGAUGAACGAAUCAAAUAUUAUGAAAUUGAGAAAAAUUCAAUGGAGCAAAUUUCGAAAACAUUACAAGAUAUGCCUUUAUCGUCCUCAUUGGCAACUAUGGAACAUGAACGAAGCAACUUGGGUGAAUGGGAAGUCAUUUCCCAAGUUGCUACGGCCUCAUCAUCUGAUCAAUCACCUCCAUCCAAGUCAUCUCUUGUAUUUACUGUCAACGAAAAUAUUAUGAGCGCUCCACACAAAUUUAAAGAACAAAACGAAUUGCACUAUCACAAGAAAAGCUCAAAAGUCAAGCUCACCUACCACGACGAAGAACAAGAAUCCAUCUUUGAUUUUGUGAGAGAACAAGGUUUUCCCAUCGAGAAGCAUGAAACAGUGACGAGUGAUGGCUACGUUUUGCAAAUUCACCGAGUUCCUCAUGGCGACCUCGACUCUCUGAAAUACUUUCCCGAUGAAAUUCUUCUCGAUGAUGAGCUUGAAAGAAGAAAAAAUCAAAAGAGACCAGUUGUUUUCAUACAGCACGGCGUGUUAAACUCGAGUUCAGCGUGGCUUAUUGGAGGAAAAAAGCACAGUCUUGCACUCAUGCUAGCCAAUGCUGGGUUCGAUGUUUGGCUUGGAAAUAAUCGAGGUGUCCAAUUUAGUCGAAAACAUAUUACAUGGAAUAGUUUCACAGACAAGGAAUUUUGGAGAUUUUCUUUUAGCGAAAUGGCCAAGUUUGACUUUCCAGCUCAAAUCAAAUACGUACUCAAAUAUACGAAGAGUGAGAAAAUUAGCUAUAUUGGUCAUUCUCAGGGAACUACACAAGCGUUUGUUGCCUUGUCUCUCUUUCCAGAAUUACAAAAGAAGCUUGAUUUGUUCGUUGCCCUUGCUCCCGUAUGUUCCUUGAAACAUCAAACAAGCAAGCUCCUUUCCAUGGUUACUCGAUUGAAUACUGAUAUUUUAUUUUCGACGCUUGACGUGAUUGGGAUUGGAGAAAUUGGUGCCACUCAAUUGAGUCGAACCUUUCUUCCCAAGCUCACUCAAAGUCUCUUCAAUGAAGCUUGGUCAAUUUUAACCGAUUGCAACAUUGACCAUGAUAUUCUUCCCAUUCUCUCACGAUAUGAACCAUCCCCAACCUCUCUUCAAAAUCUCAUUCACUGGGGACAAUUAAUCAAAUCCGAGACGUUUCAAUCCUUUACUUUUCCUGCCAACAGUAAGAAAGAAGCUCCCAAAGUUGAACAGUAUGACCUUAAAAAGAUUACAGAAGUUCCAAUCGCCAUAUUUUACGGAACACAAGAUUACUUGGCAAAUCCCAAAGACGUUGAAGGUUUUCUGAUGGAACAUUUACAGUAUUCACUGGUCUAUCACAAGAAAAUUGAAGGUUUCAAACACAAUGAUUUCGUAUGGGGAAGAGAAGCCCGUAACGAGGUGUACAAUUUUAUUUUGCAUUUACUAAUCCAGAAAACAGCUGCAUUCAAAGAUGUAUCAUCUCCUCCAAAGACUCAGCUCACAAUUGAAGAACAAGAACAAGUGGAGAAGUGUUUACAAAUGACUCCUCGCUCGGCCAAUGCUGCCAUGUUUUUCCCAUGUGUUGAGGGUAGUAGCAGCAAUCACAAUGUCAAUGGUGAAAAUAGUGAUCGUACACUGGUUCCUGUAAUAAGUCAUAACAACCAAGAACCAUUGAAUCAUACAUUCCAUGAACAAGUCGAAGAAGAAGAGAAGAAGACGACUGGAAACGAGCAGGUUAAUACAAGUACCGAACACAGUGACUCUGUGUAUUAUUCGACCUCCACAAAUAUCCAUGUAACACGAUCAUUCGAAGAUAUUGUUUGA